GUGUGUCUCAACUCGAUCAUUUGUCCCUCGUAUACCAGGAUAUCAAGAAAUAUUUCGACAACAUUGAAAGCGGCGACAUUGAAUUUUCCAUUUCCGCUAAAGCGAAAUAGCGCAUCACAAUUGCUGCCAGUGUAGUGAGGUGUGAAAGCAGUGAAAAUGCGGGUGUGUGAAUAUUUUGCGGGAAAGCACAUUUUCAUCACUGGAGGUAGCGGUUUUGUCGGCAAGGUGUUAAUCGAGAAGCUGCUCAGGUCAUGUCCGGGAAUCGAGAAAAUUUACAUGCUUAUCAGGCCCAAGAAAGGGAAAGACAUACAGGAACGAUUGGAAGCUAUAGUCAAGCUGCCUCUAUUCGAAAAACUCAGAGAAAUAAAUCCUGAUGCUCUGAGCAAAAUACAUCCAAUAAGCGGUGAUGUCAUGGAGCUAAAUUUAGGUAUGACCGAAGAGGACAGACGAUUAGUUAGCGAAAACUGCCACAUUUUCUACCAUUCAGCGGCUUCCGUCCGGUUUGACGAUUCUUUGAAGUACGCCAUAAUCAUGAACGUACGAGGGACCAGGGAGACUGCUGCUUUAGCAUUGGAGUGCAAGAAGUUAGAAGCUUUCGUCCAUAUAUCGACCACUUACUGUAAUAUAGACAGGGAAAUCAUAGAAGAGAAAAUCUAUCCAGCUCGGGCAGAUUGGAGGGACGCUAUCCGCUUGGCUGAAGAAACGGAUGACAUGAAUCUACAAGCAUUGACCCAUCACUAUAUCGCACCACAUCCCAAUACUUAUACGUUCGCAAAGUCUCUCGCCGAACAUACUGUAGAGGAUAUGAUGCUUGGAAAGGCUCCAACGAUUAUAUUUAGGCCUUCAGUAGUCAUAAACAGUAUACGUGAGCCCGUCGUAGGAUGGAAUGAUAACUUCAAUGGACCUGUAGGAUUGCUAGCUGCUGGUGGAAAAGGUCUACUGAGGACUGUCUAUGGUCUACAAGAGAGUGUUCAAGACUAUAUCUCAUGUGACAUAAUUGCUAGUCUACUGAUAUUAGCAACCAAAGAAACACUAGCAACGAAGUAAGUUUUUCAACACAGCUAAUACUAAUCAGUAGGUCAAGAUUCUGCAGCUUAUAUAAGUCACGGAAUAUUUUCAUAUUUCAGCAGCACCUAAUAAAUAGCAACUGAACUCAUAAAUGUGUCAUAAAUGUGCGAAGAUUUACAGUACCUCUACAUAUUUGAUACGUAGUUCUCGCAUUAUUUGUUUUUUGAGAUACUAAUUAGAAAUUUGAUCAUAUAAAAGUAAAGAGAAUAUGCUACUAGAUUUGUUCAAAAUAGACACUUGAAUGAAGUCGUUGUAUACAAUGGAAGUAAGUAUAAGUAUUUGCCGACUACCACAGGUGAGAUUGUACAGAUGGGUGCUGACUUGAUUUGGGACACACCAUAUGAGCAGAUUCUGUGGUACCCUUGGUUUAAGAUGACUAGGUGUUGGUACGACUACUAUAUUAAAGUGUUAGUGUACCAUAUGCUUCCAGCUGUUUUCCUUGAUUUGGCAUUGAGAGUAGCUGGGAUGAAGCCAAUUGUGUUCAAGAUUCAGAGGAAGAUCUACAUUGCCAACGUGGUACUUUUCUACUUUAUAAGCCAUACUUGGCACUUCGUCAAUGACAGAUCCAUGUCCUUACGAGACACUAUUGAAGAUGAAAGAGAUAUCGAUGAAUUUAAGUUUUGGCCUUUCCUGCACAUGACUAGAAGAGAAGUUUAUGAGUAUUAUCGAGAUGGCAUGUGCGGAACAGCCAGAUAUUUGUUCAAAGAGAAGCUGGAUUUUGACAAAAACAGGAAAAAUACCUGGAGGUUUUAUGUGGUAGACAGAAUUUUCUGGACAGCAGUAUAUACAACUAUACUAUGGUACCUGUUCAUCAGGCUAGACGUUCUAAGUGUGCUGUGGAGCUCUUUAUGUAAUUACAUCGAGAAACUGUAGUAGUCGUAAGAGUAUAACAAUAUACCGAACAACGAACUUUGCGCAGUUUUGUUUUAUUCUCCAACCACCAGCUGUGCACUAUAUGCUCUACAGGC